UGGAGGCUGGGCUGGUUCCUGGAAUGGGUCAGGGAGGAGAAGGCGGGGCCAACGGAAGCGGCCAGAAAGCAGGACAGACCCUGCGGUGGCCAGUCCGGUCACACAGGACGGGACAGUGACUGCAGGCAUGGAGGCCCCGAAGCUGGUGUACCUGGUGACGGGGGGCUGUGGCUUCCUGGGCAGACACCUGGUGCGGAUGCUGCUGCAGCACGAGCCCCGCCUGGCAGAGCUCCGGGUCUUUGACCUGCACCUGGAGCCCUGGCUGGAGGAGCUGCAGACAGGACCUGUGCAGGUGACGGCCAUCCAGGGUGAUGUGACCCAGCCCCAUGAAGUGGCGGCGGCGGUGAGUGGAGCCCAUGUGGUCAUCCACAUGGCAGGACUGGUGGACGUAUUUGGCAGGGCCAGCCCAGAGGCCAUCCACCACAUCAACGUGCAGGGGACCCACAACAUCAUCGAGGCCUGUGUGCAGGCUGGCACGCGCUUCCUGGUCUACACGAGCAGCAUGGAGGUUGUGGGGCCCAACAUCAAGGGCCACGCCUUCUACAGGGGCAAUGAGGACACGCCGUAUGAAGCAGUUCACAAGCACCCAUACCCUCGCAGCAAGGCCCUUGCUGAAAAGCUGGUCCUGGAAGCCAACGGAAGGGAGGUCCGUGGGGGGCUGCCUCUGGUGACCUGUGCCCUGCGUCCCACUGGCAUCUAUGGAGAAGGCCACCAGGUCAUGAGAGACUUCUACCGCCAGGGCCUGCGCCUGGGGGGCCGCCUGUUCCGGGCUAUCCCAUCUUCUGUGGAGCAUGGCCGUGUCUAUGUGGGCAACGUGGCCUGGAUGCACGUGCUGGUUGCGCAGGAGCUGGAGCGGAGUUCGGCGAGGCUGGGAGGGCAGGUGUACUUCUGCUAUGACCAGUCCCCUUACAAGAGCUACGAGGACUUCAACAUGGAGAUCCUGGGCCCCUGCGGACUGCGGCUGGUGGGCACCCGCCCACUGCUGCCCUAUUGGCUGCUGCUGCUGCUGGCGGGGCUCAAUGCUCUGCUGCAGUGGCUUCUGCGGCCGCUGCUGCUGUACGCGCCCCUGCUCAACCCCUACACGCUGGCCAUGGCCAACACCACCUUCACUGUCAGCACCGACAAGGCCCAUCGCCACUUCGGCUAUGAGCCCCUCUUCUCGUGGGAGGAGAGCCGGGCCCGCACCAUCCGCUGGGUGCAGAGCACGGAGGGCUCGGUGGGCAAGGCCCAGGCAGCUGGGUCCUGAGCCCUGGGAUCCUGAGUGUGUUGGGGGCGGAGCCUGUAAUCUGGGCUGGUGUUUCUUUCUUUUUUCUGUAACUACAGCACUGCCUUCUGCUGGUGCUGGGGACUGAACCUGGGACUUCAGAGCCUUAGGCAUGAAGUUCUUUUGCAGAACCAUGAUGCUGUCUCCCACACCUGGGAGGUGGCCUUCUGGAACUUGAGGUAGGAUCUGGAACUGAACUGGCUGUCCUAGAGCGCCCAAGCUGGGGCUUGAUUUCACUGUUCCUAGCUUAUACUUUUUCUUUUUGAUAGAAGGUGAGAGACAGAGAUAGAAAGGAAGAGGCAUCGAGGGAAAGAGAGACACCACAGCACUGCCCCACACCACUUAUGAAGCUUCCCCCCUUACAUG